CUUAAUUUUCUGGUAGCUAACGCGCCAAACUAUAACACUCUUUCACGUUCGAAUAACUUAUUUAUUUUUAUUUAUUAUAAUAUUUAUUUAUUUUUUUUUUUUUUGUAAACAUGCUUAUCGCUGUGGUGGCUUUUGUUGGUUUGGUGUUCGCGAAUUUCGCGGAUGCUGCUAUUAUCAAAGGAGGAAUCGUUAUUCCCACGUACUCGGAACCAUGCAGAAGAAAUGACAAAAAUUUCAAUGGCUGUAUCAAGAAAACAUUGCAAGAAUUGUUACCUAAAUUCAGCAACGGUAUCAAGGAAUUGAAUAUUUCAUCAUUGGAUCCAUUCUUCUUGGAUGAAUACUUGUUGCAUUACGACUCUGGAGAUAUUUCUGGCAAAUGUUUGUACAAAAAUGUUUACACCAGUGGUUUAAUGAACGUCAAAAUCACCGAUGUCAGAUCUGAAAUCGACGACCCGGAUUACUUCGAAAUGGAAAUCGAUGCCUAUUUCCCGAAAGUGAUCAGCACUGGUAACUACAAAGCCGAAGGUAUCAUUGGUAAUUUCCCAAUCCAAGGCAAAGGUAUCUUCAACGUUACCGCAUUCAAUGUUACCGGUACAAUGCAUUUAAUCGGACACAGCGUCAAUAUCGAAGGUGAAAAACACAUGAAAAUCACCGACUUGAGACUGAAAGAACACGAAAUCGGCGACUUGAAAAUCUUCGCCACUAACUUAAUCAAUGGAAACCCAGAACUAAGUCAAAUCGCAUUAACCUUUGCCAACCAAUUCUGGAGAAUCUUCCAUCAACUCAUGUUACCAAACAUUCAAGAAGGUUUCGAGAAAGUCGGAAGACCUUUCAUCAAUCAACUUUUCCUACAAAUCCCAUACGAUCAACUUUUGCCACCAAAUAGAAAAUAAGCCAAUACGUCAUAUGUAAGAGUACAAAUUAGACCUUUUCUACCGUUUUUUUUCUCUCUCUUAUAAUUACUUAAGCUUUCAAAUUUUUGUACAUCUCUCUCCUUUUUUUUUUUAUGAAAAAAGAAUUAUUGUACAUUUGAAAUCAAACUUCCUUUUUUUCUUUUUUUUAAAAAUUCGUGUACCUAUGGAAUGACGGUUCAUGCUGAAGUCUUUUGUAUGCUUAUACGAAUUAACUUAUCGAUGUUCCAGAUCAGAUAAUUAAUUAACUCACCUUUUUAUUUAUAAUAAUUCGCGAAUCUCAUUUAAGUAUUUAUUAUUAUGUUUAAUUUUUCGUUGAAAAUACAUCAUUUUUAUUUUA